AUGAGAGAUGAUGAGUCCCUUUCUGCUUAUCUUACGUUUGAUCUGAUAAACCAAAUGAGGAGUUAUGGAGAGGAUUUAGCUAGAGCAAGGAUUGUUCAAAAAUUACUAAUCAAUUUGCCAUCAGCUUAUGAUUCAAUCUGUUCUGUUAUUGAGCAUUCUAAGGAUUUAGAUGAAAUUGAGGUACAAGAAGUGGUAGCUUCUUUGAAGAGUUUUGAAUUAAGGCUAGAUAGGCACUCUGGAGAUACGACUGAGAAAGCAUUUGCUAAUCUUAGUGUGAAUCCCAAAUCAGAAAAAUACAGUGGAAAUCAAAGUGGUUCUAAGGAUCAAACGAAUUGGAAGACAAAAGGCAAAAAGUGGGAUAAUAAGUCAACUGAUAGAGCUAGAAACCCCUGCAAACAUUGUGGCAAAUUACAUUUUGGUGAGUGUCGGUUUAAGGGAAAACCAAAAUGUUACAACUGUGAUAAAUUUGGGCAUAUUGCAAAAGAUUGCUACAGCAAGAAACCAGCACAACAGCUCAACUAUGCUACUUAG